AUGAUGCAAUAUAGCACAUGUGCCGGCCGCACAGGGUAUAAAUGAUCUGAGAGUUCUUCACUUUCCUGAGGAUCUCAGACCUGGACACAGAGUUUGCACCAAUUUUCUUCUAGUCAGAAAAAAGAAGACGAUUUGAAGUCAUGGAAUCUGAGGCUAUUGAGACUGCAGCCCUCGGACGCCCCCUGCACCCUGGCAUGCUGUAUGACUGUCGGAGUGACACCUUUAUCCCAGGAGUCACACUGUGGGAUCAAGCAGCUAUCGAUAAAGAUAUGAAUGUGAAACCACAGCCCCACACGUAUUUGAAUUAUGUUGCGUCCGACUCGAUCACUGAGAAGACCAACCUGAUGGACGUGAGUGCCUCCCUGAAAGCCAGCUUUCUGGCAGGGCUGGUGGAGGUGGGAGGGUCGGGCAGUUACCUGAAGGACACCUUGUCCUCCAUGCGACAAUGCAGGGUCACGAUGCAAUACAAACAGACGACUGAGUUCAAGCAGCUGACCAUGGCCCAACUAGGACAUGUGACGUACCCCGAAGUGUUUGACCAGAAGACUGCUACCCAUGUGGUCACAGCGGUGCUGUACGGGGCUGAGGCCUUCAUGGUCUUCAAUCAGAUGUCUUCUGAUGAGAAGGACAAGCAAGAUAUUCAGGGGAACAUGGACGUGAUGAUUAAGAAGAUCCCUACUAUUAAGAUCAUUGGUAAAGGGAAAGUGGUCAUGACAGACGAGGAGAAGAAGAAGGUGGAGAAUUUCAACUGCACGUUCCAUGGUGAUGUUACUCUGGAACAGAACCCUUCGACUUACGAGGAGGCCGUGCUGGUGUACAAAGAGCUCCCGAAGCUGCUGGGGGUGGAUGGGAGUAAAGCUGUGCCUGUGAGGGUCUGGCUCUAUCCUCUGAAGAGCCUGGACUCCAAAGCAGCCCAGCUGGUGAGAGAGAUCCGCACGGAUCAGGUGACACGUUUGGAAGCGGUGAUGGGCCAGUUGCAUGAAGCUGAAAUGAGAGCCAACGACUCAAUCGAACGGUGUCGGCCCAUUAAGGCCACCGACAUAACAGACAAGCUACAAAAAUUCCAGAACCCACGGACCGUUUACACGGAGACCCUUCUGCAGAAUAUAAGUAAGGUUAUGCCAGCUAUCCGGGAGGGUACAGCGGAGGAACAGAAGCUGGUCGACAUCCUGGAGUUCCAUGAAAAAUCAUCUUUCACUUAUGACAAGAUGAAAAAUUGGCUUGAUGACAAAGAGUCUGAAAUAGGGGUCUUGGAACGUUACAUCAGUCUUCUGGAAAAAAUUCCAAUUGUGCCACCCGGGCCUGAGCUGAACAAUGUUCUCUUUGAUCCCCAAAACGAAACUGUCUACAUCUUCACCUUCACCUCACUGCAGUAUGAGGAACCGUACCUCUCAAACCUCCACGAGUGCCUGACUUCAACAAAGUUCAAGAAAAUGGAGGAGAUCUGUGUGGCUCGUGACCUCAGCUUCAAAGAGGAGGCCCUGCCGUGGUUCAGUGACCCAGAUGUGUCUGAGAGAAUGAGAAAUGUACUGGAGGAUUUUAAGUCGUAUAUGAAGGACCCUGCAUACAGAUGCAUUAGCUACAUAUCAAACACCCCGUUCCACGGAGCUUCUAUUUUUAUGUAUGACAAAGGGAAACUGAUACAAAAGUUAUGAAGGGGGAGGUGCAGGGUAGGGCUGCAGAGGAUGCAUAAGACGGGUGGAAGGAAGGUCCAAGACACACUGGCUACUCAGGAAGAGAAGAAGAAAAGUAACAGAAAAUAAGAAAGGUGGCAUGGAUGGAUUUGCCUCUCUCUUGCUGCUUUUAUGUUUCUUGCUAUCUCUCUCUCUCUCUCUCUCUCUCUCUCUCUCUCUCUCUCUUUAUCUAUUCUCUCUUUUCUGCCUGUGGUUAGUUUUUUGAUAGUUUUUCUAUCUAUGUUGCUUGUCUAUUAUUUUUAUUUUGAAGUACAGUAAUUUCUGUGGUUGAACAAUGUCCCAAUAAAAGGGGUUUUUAAAUCUCAAUCUCUCUCUCUCUCACAUACACAUUCCCUGGCAUAAUUUUGUUGAAUAAUCGAAGAUGAAAUUUUGUAAUCACAGUUAAGUUUGAUAAUCAGAUCUUUCUCUCAACUGUGUUUAAUGUCUAAAGAUUUUCAUGUUAUUUUUUGUUUUGAUUUUACAUCAUAAUAAUCAUAAUAACAAUAGUUACCACAAUAAUAGUAUUGUUGUAUGCAUGCUGAUUUCUUUGAUUGUUUUAUGUUCAAUAUUGAUUCAUGUUUUGUUUAAUAUUGAUUAAUGUGAUUGAUUAAUGUAUAAAUCGCUUGAUACUGAUGUUACAAAAAUGACAAUAAAACUUUUAAACAUUAA